AUGUCAUCCUCCCUCAAGAUGACCCCCCUCUUGAUGGGGAUGGUCCUUCUCUUCCUCUUUGCCGGUCGCGCUCAUGCCUUCGGUGCUGGAAACAUCGCCGGCAUUUCCAAGGUCGAGGGCCAGAACUGGCGUCAUGGCGACAUUGAGGACACCCUUCUGAAGAUUCUUAUGGCUCGAGCCGUCGGAGGCAAGAAGUUCGACAAGCUGACGGUCUCGCGUACUUACUUUGGCAACUGGUUGAGAGAUUAUUCCCAAGCCAUCGAUGUCGGCACGGUCAAGAGCGUUUCAGCCGAGGCUAUACGCCUUCUACUCUGCGUCUUGGGCUUCUUGACAUUUGGCUACGGUUCUCGCGAGUUCGAGGUCACUGCUGAUCGUCUCGGCUGCUACCGCCCAGAAGACCACAUUGACAACCCCAAGAACUACGCCGACAACGAGGAUGCGCGUCAAUAUGACCGUCGUCUGCGUGGCCCCAUCGACGAGCGUGUCGAGUUGGCCGUUGAUGAAGAGACGGGCAUGAAGAAUUACAUCGCAAACGAGAACGUGAACAUCAUGACCAGUGCUCUGCAUGUCCGACGCCUCUUUACUAAGUGUAUCGAGCUCGGCCGACGGUACCAGCGUGACAACAGGAAGGAAGACCUGUACGAGGCGCUUCGACUUCUGGGUACCGGACUCCACUGCUUGGAAGACUACCUGGCUCACAGCAACUACUGCGAGCUUGCCCUGAUUGAGUUGGGAGAGCGUGAUGUGUUCCCCCAUGUUGGCCGUAAUACCCAGAUGCGCCUGCCUGGCGCCCGUCACGAAGUCUACCCAAUUGUCACCGGUACCUUCGGUGGUGUCGACUUCUUGCACUCCGUCACGGGUGAGGUUUCCGACAAGCUCACCCAGAACGAGAUUGAUGAGCUUGAGGGCACCCUCCAGCAGAGCCAGAACACAGACACCAGCAUUCUGCGCAACCUACUGGACAAGAUCCCCGACGGCCUUUUCGGGGGCGACGACAAGAAGUCGAAGAUGGAUAACAUCCAGCAGAACGCAAGUGCUGCCCAGGUUGAGCAGAUGUCCGUCUCGCCUCGUGAUCCUGAGGAGUACACACUCUACGUCCAGCAGAUCUUCCGUCAGGUCAUGCCGGCGAUUGAGUUCCACGACGAGAUCCUCCAGAAUGUCACGGAGGCUAUCGAGAAGAUCCCUGUCCUGCCCCAGAUUGUUGAACAGCUUGAGGAGCAGCUCUCUGUUUUCGUCUUCUCGGUCAUCGCUCCAUUCGUUGUUCCCGUCAUCAACCAGGUCAAGAACGAGCUCCGUACCGGCUCUGAUGAGAUCAUUCAGUCCAGUGAGAACGAGCAGCUGAUCGUCUUUAACGAUGACGAGAGCACUGAUCCCACCCACUCCAUGCUGUCAAAGGAUCACUUCUCCAAUAUCCUGAAUGAAGUCGCCGGAAAGACGGCCAGCAAGGUUGUCGCAUGGAGCGUCCCGCAGAUUAUGGAGGCCAUUGACGACGAAGGCGCCGACAUUGAUCGCGUGUGCAGCCGCAUCAUUUACGGAGUCCUGCACCACCCUGCCCAGCGCGACCAGGGUCAAGACGGGGCGCGCGAAGGUCGUGAGAUGAUGUUCCGCAGUGUUGAAGAGUGGUGGAACGACAUGUCCGAUGACGCAAAGGACGAAUACCGCCGCAAGCUGUCCCGCAAUGGUGUUAAGAACGGGGAGAACCACAAAGAGGGUGUGCACGACACUGGCCACGGCCACGGAUGCUCUGGCAAGCUGAGCAUGCACAAGCAGUUCGGCGGCGGCGGCGACCAGUCCGUCGAGGACAAGAUUGCGUCCGCGGCCGCAGGUGCCAUCAUUGGUGGGGUCACCUCGGGCGUCUCCGACUUCGUCUCCGGACAGACGGGCGGCAGGGUCAACCUGCCCGACUCCAAUGAGCCCAACAAGGGCGGCGGUCUUCUCGGCAACGUGUCGUCGCUGCUGGAGGGUGCGUUCGAUAAGAACUCGAGCUCGUAUGAGUCGCGCCCCCACCGUGACAAUGACGGUGGUGUCAGCCAGUCCGUCGGGCAGUAUGGCCGGAGCGACGAUGGUCGUCGCUACGAGCAGGCUGAGUACACAGAGACCCGCUAUGACGACGGACGCGAGAGGCAGGAGUACCGCCGCACCGAGCAGAGGGAUGACGGCCGGGGCCGGGAGCACGGCUACGGCUAUCAGGAAACUCAGGAGAGCUACGGUGGACGUCAGCACCAUGAGGAGAGGCGCUGGGAGGGUGAGACCUCCAGCUACCGCCGGGAGGAGACUCAGAGCUAUGGCGGAGGAGGAGGAUACGGUGGCUCGCGACGUGAGGAAUCUGAAAGCUAUAGCUCUUCGCGACGUGAGGAGUCCGGUGGCUACGGUGGCGGUUAUGGGCGACAAGAGUCCAGCGGCUAUGGUGGAGGAGGAGGAGGAUACGGCUCCUCCGGACGCGAGGAGAGCUAUGGAGGAGGAGGCGGCUAUGACUCUGGACGUCGCGACGAGUACGGGGGCGGCCGACAGGAAGGAGGCUACGGUGGUGGUCGUCAGGAAGGCGGCUACGGUGGUGGCCGUCAGGAGGGGGGCUACGGAGGCGACAACUCGUCUGGGAGACGCCGUGAUGAUGAUGACAACAAUAAUCUGGUCGGAGACGUUAUCGAAGGCGCUGCGAAGCACUUCUUUGGCGGAGACAAGCGAGAUGAUCGUCGCGAGGGCGGUGGCGGGGGCUGGUUCUCUUAG